AUGGGUCUUGAAUAUCCUCCCGUGGUCAUGGCCACCAUCCAAAGUGCUGCACUUGGUGGAAUUGCCAAUAUCUUGGCUCAAGUUAUCACCGCGUACAGAGCUGGGACAAUGCUUGCUUCUGGACUAUUCACUAACCAAAACGGCUUCCAGACUGAUGUUGUUAUAGACUGGGUCCCUGUCUUCCAGUUCUUACUCUUCAACGUUAUCUGCACUCCGCCCAACUUCUACUGGCAAGAUUUCCUCGAGUCGGCUUUCCCCGCCCAUCCCGCUGAGUCCCCUAAAACAGAGGAGGUUAAGGGCGCCAAAAAGACACAGCCCAAGCUCUCUGUCCGCAACACGCUCAUCAAGUUCACUCUAGACCAGACCGUUGGUGCCGCAGUGAACACUCUUCUCUUCAGCACAUACGUCCACGCUCUGCGCACAGCUAUCCAUCCUGUCCCCGUCAUAACCAGCCUCCCGAAGGCUAUUACCUACUGGACGGCGCCCGGUACUCUGAACUUUGACCGCGUCAACUGGGCUACUGUCUGGGAGGCUGCCAAGGCUGACUUCGCGCCUCUUGUCUAUGCUGGGUGGAAGCUCUGGCCUGCAGUAAGCAUCGUCAACUUUGCAGCCAUUAAGACUGUUGAAGGACGCAACCUUAUGGGUGCAUUAGCUGGCGUUGUCUGGGGAAUCUACAUGAGCCUGGUUGCCGCUCAGUAG